GUAACGGGCAUGUGCAAACCCAAUAGACAAGACAUGGCUAUAUAAAUGAGAUUGUAUCCUACCAUAGUCGUCCACGUUCAACGUACAACGAGAAACCGCAACAUACAAUCAUCAUUCAAAAUGCAGACCCGUGACCCUAACAAUACCCAGGCUUGGCUGGUGGGGAGCGGUAUCUCCUCACUCGCCGCAGCCCUACACCUGAUCAAGGACGCCAAAGUCCCUGGCCCGAGUAUCCACAUAAUCGAUACCCACCAAGGCAGCGGCGGCGGGAUGCGGAUGCUGGGAGACGAAGAAUCCGGCUACUUUCUACCCUUUGAAUGCACCCCGCACUUUCACGGCGCCUGUGUCGAAAAGCUCCUGUCGCUACUUCCGAGCGUGAAUAAUCCCGAAAAGACCAUCCACGAGACUGUCCACGAUCGGGAUAGCGAGAGGCGCUCUCCGGGGCAGCAGAAAGUUGAGGAGCACCACGAAGCAAGCCAUCAUUUCCCGGCCAGCAUCCUGGACAGGCUUUUCACUUCCGGCGCCAAAGCCCAUGCUCCCCUCGCAAGGUUCGUUACGGCUGGUGCGUCGGGACCUGAGGUGUCCCAUCAUGCUGGCGUUCAUCUUGGGCUGAACCAGCGGAUGGUGCUUAUCGGGUUCAUGCUCGAGCACAAGAGCGCGAUUGCCAGUAAGAGCGUUAAGGAUAUCUUCGAUUCCGGAUUUUUCGAGACGGAAUUCUGGAUGCUUUGGUCUACGACGUUUGGCCUGAAGCCUGGACAUAGUGCGAUUGAGUUCCAACGCCACCUGCGCAAAUACCUCGGCGAUCUCAGAUCUCUCAACAGAAUACGGGAAGCGCAACGGACUGACUACAACCUCGUUGAGUCGGUGAUCGAACCCCUUACAGCAUUCCUCAAGGCCCAAGGCGUCGACUUCCGCUUCCACCAGCAGGUCACAGAUCUUAAGGCCUAUCCCGAGGGUGGUCCGACGACGGUGUCCCAGAUUGAAGUUGUGACAGAAGCUGGAGCUCACGAACUUAUCACUCUGGACCCGGUCGAUAUUCUCAUCGUUUCUCUUGGCUCGACCGGUUCGGGAGCCGCCCUUGGGUCUGAUUCUACGCCACCAGAUGGUCUCACAGCCAAUUGGGAAGACGUUAUGGACGGUGACUGGAUGCUCUGGGAGAAGCUCUCCCAGAAGUCCACCAAGUUUGGUAAUCCGAUGAACUUCCUACCGAGGAUUCUCGAGGCCACCAUUGAAACUUUUACAACAACGUUCAAAGGUCCCAAAUUUAACGCCCUCUACGAGCGAACUACACGAGACAGCCUAGGAACGGGCGGUUUCCUCUCUCUCAGCGACAGCAACUGGGGAGUGACGAUCAGCGUACCGCACCAACCCGUGUUCUCCACGCAAUCAGACAAUGCCACUGUCAUGCUCGGGUAUGCUCUAAACCCGGCUGCAGAAGGCAACUUCGUCAAGAAGGAAAUGUGGCGGUGCAGCGGACAGGAGAUUUUGAAAGAGGUCCUGGCACACCUUGGCUGCGCUGAAGAUUCUGAUGAGGGGGCCUCCAUUCUUGCUGCAGCGACAACCAUCCCCUGCGGCCUCCCGCUGGGCACAGCGCCUUUCCUAACACGCGGAUCGGGCGACCGCCCACCGGUCAUUCCCAAAUGGACGACAAAUAUCGCCUGUGUCGGCCAGUUUGUCGAAAUCCCCGGGGACACGACUCUGGAAAUCGACUACAGAGUCCACACUGCGCAGAUUGCUGUUGCUGAGUUGAUGGGUCUUCCAAUCCCGCCAGUGAAACAAGCAAAGAAUCUGCUGUUGGAGGUUCUGAAUCUGUUACUUUGAUGAAUCGGGUGGAUGAUGCCCCUAGUAAUGGUUGAGUUUGUUGCAUGUCUCCAGCUCCUUGUGCCUUUGGUAUGAUUUAUAUUAUAUAUUUUCGGUUUCUGAUUUGGAGAUGUGCGUGUACGCCCACUUUGGUGCUUCGGUUCUUAAUUCUAUGGUAUAAUUAUUAGUAUUUGUUCAUCGGUUGAUAUGGCCUUGUUAAACAACCUAGCUCGUCAUUUCCUUCUAUGGUCCAAGGAAUACAGCGUAUCAUGCCAAGUCACUGACUGGUCUGGUCAGUUUCUUU